AUGAAUACCUCUGUCGCAACUGAGAAGACCGGAAAUACCGGUAACAAUACGAUUAACCUGGAAUCUUUUAGAUUCAAGGAAAUACUUGGCGAGGAUGCCGCUCACAAGGUAGCUUUUGUGCUACUGGAUGUGAAGGGUUAUGGUAAUCAAGCUAUUAUGAUUGCGGAAAGGACUCCUUUUCCUAAGAAUGAACAGGACUGGAAUACAAUUGUCUCGCAUUGUUCAUUAAAAGCUGUAUCAACUAAUGACAUAUAUUCAAAUCUCAUUUUAUUCCCACCAGAGAAGUUUGCUGGGAUCAAGGCGACGUUAAUAAAUCCAUGUACUGAAAAGCAUAUUACGAAGUAUCGGGAUCAGAAGCGAUAUGUCAUUCAUGAAACGCCCGAUGAUUACAAGUCCAUCACUUUACCUUAUCUGGAGGAACAUCAGUUCACAUUGAAGUGGAUUUUCAAUUUGUUGGAGCACAAGGCGGAAGUGGACCGUAUUAUUUUUGAUGAUACAGAUCCACAGAAUGGUUUUGUUCUUGCCCUUGAUAUCAAAUGGGAUGGGAAGAAUUUGGAAAAUCUUUAUGUCUUAGCAAUUAUCAGGCGAAAAGGGAUUAAAUCUAUUCGAGAUUUAACUGUCAAUGAUCUUCCGCUGCUGGAGAAUAUUUCUCAAAAAAGUUAUACGGCAAUUACAGAAAAGUAUGGAAUUGAUAAGCAUCAGAUUCGAGCUUAUUUUCACUAUCAACCGACCUUCUAUCAUUUACAUGUUCAUUUCAUCCACGUAUCAUACGAUGCACCUGCCAGUGGUGUUGCAAUGAAAUACAUGCUUCUGUUUUGUCCAGAAUGCGGUUCGUCCUUGCAAGUUGAGGAGGGUUCCAAUUGUUAUCAGUUCAGUUGCCAUAACUGCCCAUACGUACAACCAAUUACCAAACUUAUAAAGAGUCGGCACUAUCCGAAGCUGAAAGAUUUGGACGAAGUUCUCGGUGGUCCUGGCGCCUGGGAAAACGCUCAAAUUACAGACGAACGUUGUCCACGUUGUGCUGGUAGUCGAGCAUAUUUCAUGCAAUUGCAAACGCGUAGUGCUGAUGAGCCAAUGACUAUUUUUUAUCGUUGUGCCAAUUCGGAAUGUGCACAUCGAUGGAAAGAAUAA